GGUCGUAUCCUGGGCAUGAUGUACACAAACUAUAUCCGUACGGUGAUUGAUUGAUAUCAAAAUAUUGUUUAAUUUGUCGUGUCUACGAUUUUCGUAAUGGCGGAUUCAGAUGAUCAACCUGUUUUAUUAACUGAAGGAAAUUUUGUGCAAGAAGAUGCCGAGAAAGAUUCCAGCGACCAAGUUGUCGAUUCCACAAAUGAAACCACUGAGCAGGACGGUGUCGGUGGAGCGAGCAGGGACAUAGUCGAGGAUCCCGCCGCAACUAGCCCGGCGCCAGCCACACUUGUAGCCGAGGAUUUACGUCCUUCAACUGCUCCAGAACCUGGCCUUUCUUCAGGCAGCCUUCAAGAAGUUGAACGUUCUAUUACGAAAGCUGUAUCUGAUACUCUAUUGCCAGGUAGUGUCAAUGAUAGGGAAGAAGAAGGGGACGGCUUCAAUGAAGCCUUACAGCCAGACACUCUGAGUGAUAGACUAGAUCAACUUCCAUAUGACUUGGGAGAUGAUGUUGAAUACAUGGCACCACCAGAGGAUCCAUACAUGCGAGCAGUCAACUACAUGGAGAAAUACAAAGUUAUGCAGAUAUUCCAGAAACUAACGGCUGAAAUUGUGUAUCACAGACCCCCUGAUCCACUGGAACACAUGCUGUCUGAACUGCAUAAAAUGAAGAAAGAGAGAGAUGCUCAGGUUGAAGCCAUCAUAUCAUCAGCAUCAAAUCAUUCACUGGAUGUCUGAUUUACCUUCAGAACCAUCUUGCCUAUUAAAAGGGAAGAGUUUUAGAUCAUGAAAUGCUGAUAUUUAAAA